ACGUAGGCAAUACAUCCGAAAAUGCGCGCGGGCUUGCUCAAUUGUCAAAUCUUGUAACGUAAACAGUAAACAUAUUUUGUAUUUUAUUGUGUAUAUUCAAUAAUAUUUACAUUUUUAGAAGUCCAGCAUGUCAAGUAUAGGAGAAGACCCGUGGAAGCUGACUAUUAGCCAGCUCAAAACUCAGCUCAAGAGGCUCGGCGUUCAAGCUCCAAAAGACGCAAGGAAAGCAGAAUAUGUUCGGCUGUACGAGAGCAGCGUCAAGGCAUCGCGUACCCAGAGCGCCCGGCGAGCUACUCCGAGGAGAGCACCGGUGAAAUCUCAAGCUCAGCGGUCAGAGUUUUCAAGUGAUGAGGAGGCAGAACCGGCGUCAAAAGUUAUACAGAUGCCGAGGAAAGGGAAGAGCAAUCCUAAGGAUGAGAAGAUGGAGAGGAACCUUGACACAGUACAACGUCUGACGGAUAAGGAGCUGAGAGAAGAGCUCUCAUAUUACAACAUUUCAGCAGCUAUCACAGAUACAACAAGAGGAGCAUAUGAGAAGAAGCUAGCCGGCUUAAUGACAAAUCCCCCAGCCCAACCACCAAAACCAAAACAAGUGGAAGUUGAAGAAGAGGAGGAGACAGAGGAGGAGGAGGAAGAAGAAGAAUUCAGUGAUUCUGAGCCAGAAGAGACAGAAGAAGAGGAGGAGGGAGAAGAAGAGGAGGAGGAAAAAGAAGAAGAAAAAGAAUUCAGUGAUUUUGAGCCAGAAGAAGUUCAAACUCCCAGGAUAUCUGCCCAAGGAGAUCACAAUCUGAGGCAAACUCCCACGAGACGCCGAGCAGCAGCAGCGGAAAGAGUGAACCAGGAACAACAAACCAGUCCAGCCAAGACAGAAGUCGUCGUUGAAGAAGAGGGCGGUAUAUCAUUCUGGGUUCAGCUUCUCAUCCUCCUCUUCAUCGCUUUCGCUGUGUUUUUGAUCUGGUAUUUCAACCAGAACGGGCAAGAUAGCGGCACUCCUGGGGUCACAAAAGUUUAAGUGGUGAUCCUAUUCUUUGUCUGUUCCUCAGGUUAUUUCUAUUCAGUUUAUCUGCUUACUUAGAGCUAUAAGGGCGUUAACUCAAUGUUGGGGGAUAUCCGUUAACGUCCCUUUGACAGCAGAUAGUACAGUGGAAGCUCUGUAUAACGGACCCUGUCAUCACAAACUCUCACAGCUUUUAUGUAUUCUAGUGUUUUUAAGCUCUGAUAUCACAAUACAGUCAAACCUGUCUAGUAAGGUCACCCAAGGGAAACAGAAAAGUGGCCUCUGUAGACUGUGGUCUUUCUUGACAGGUUCUACAACACAUAUUUCCCUUCCAAGGGAGACACAUGGCCACUAUAGACAGGUGGCUUUUUAUAGACAGGUGGCCACUACGAGAGGUUUGACUGUAUUUUGAUAUCGCAAGGGUACAGGGAGGCGCGAAGGCUCAGUGGUAGAGCUGUGGUCUUGUAACUGGGAGGUCCCAGCUUCAAAACCAAGUCGAUGCGCUAGUGCCCUUUGGUAAGGGCAUUAAUCCUCAUUACCAAGUCCCUUGGAGAGGACUUAAAGCCGUCAGUUUCCUGGUUGCUUACUUACAAGCAUACACAUGUUUUCAGGAAAAACAAAACAGACAAACAAGUAUCGUUGGUCCCAAGGAGGUUUUUUAUAACGAGGUUCUGCUGAACUUUAUGUCAAUAGACCUUUUUUGUCAUUGUAGAGAGAGAGAGAGAGAGAGAGAGAGAGAGAGAGAGAGAGAGAGAGAUACUCUUGUUUACAGUACCCUGACCCCUGUAUUAUACCAAAGUAUUACUGUUUUAUAAGCAGUUAUUUUCGCAGGAGUUCUUUUUUCACUAAAUUCAAAAUUUGUGCAUCCAAAUCCUGUUGAUGUCAAUUUGGAACCCUGCGAAUGAGUUUGACCUGCAUGACUUGUGAAUUAGAUGAAAUAGAGUGUGAAUUUAUAAUAUAAGAAAUAAUUGCCCAUUGAUCAUUCAAAUUUGCAGAAAAAUAUGAAAUUAAGAUUCAGUGAAAAUAGUCAUGGAAAUGGUGAGUGAGUCAACUCUGGAAUGCUUCAUAAGAAUUCUAGUGAAAAAAACAACAAAAAAACAAUGAAUUAUAAGAUCACUGCAAAGACACCUCUCAUGGUCUCUUAUACAAAUCUAUAAGAUUUUUCACUUAACAGCAAUACAAUAAUUUUUUCAUUCUAUAUAGACAAAAUGUUACAAUGUUCUCACAUCGUAUUAUCAUGUCAGUGAGUGUUUCAUACAUUGCAUGACAAGACUUCAUGUAAUUUGAUUCUACUUUAAUUUUCAAUCUGAUGAAAAUGAAUUUGAACUAAUGUGAGCUAGAAUGCUGGUGAGUCACAUAGUCAUUUCAUAUUGUAAGAGGAAUUUUUGUUUUAUGAUACACCAAGGAAUGCGGUCUUUGUAAAAAAAAAUGAAACAGUAACAGUAUGCAAUUUACUUUACAUAGCCAGUUCAUUAUUUCAAGUACAUUUUCCUGUUAAAACAUGGACUAUACAUGUGUUUAUGUCAAGAAUCAGCGAAAUGCAUAUAUUUUGCAAGUUUUCUUUAAAUGUACUGCCAUCUUUACCGUGAAUCAUCCAUUAUAUUUUUUUAGACUGAAAAAAAGAACAUAAAAGGAUAUCUGAUAUAUUGACAGUAAACAAAUAGGCUAUUACAACUAGCCAAUUCAGUCAUUUUGUCACUCGAUUGUAUAUUGAUAGCAUUUUUAUUUACUGAGUUUGGUUUGCUGAGCUGAGCUAGUCAAUACUAGAAUUUAGUCAUUUUAGUUCAUACUCCUUGAAACUUUAAGGAUAUUUUUUAAGCAAUGGGCAUUGAUAAUUACCAGCUGAUGUAUUUUAAAGUUGAAUGGUAGUCCGUAAUAAGCCAUUUUCGUAAUUAAACCAGAUUUAUGCCUAUGCCUUUGUAAAGCACCUCAUCAUGAACUAUGUCAUUUACCUGAUACGAAUAAAUGUAUCUCAGUAGUCAAAAUUCAAAUUGCAUACAUUAGUUGUUGCUAGGGAGGACAAGCAUUAUGGAUUGCCCUACCUAACAACACGUGAUAUAUGUAAUUUGAAUCCUGAUAAUUGAAAUACAAUGAUUUCUAAUAGGUGAAUUAAAUAAUUUGUUUCCAGGCACUUUAGUAUAAAUUUGGUAACAUUACGAAAAUGACCUAUUAUAAGCUUACUAUCAUUCUUAAAAAGCCUUUCACAUCAUUGUAUGUUGAUCAGUAUUACUUGAUGACAAAUACCCCAGUACUGACAUUGCUUCAAAUUUGCUUUUAAGAGCAAACAUUACAUUUGGACAUUCAUGUCCUGUCUUUUAGUCUUUGUCAAAAUAGUCAAUCAUUUAAAUCAUUGAAAUUGAAAUUCAAAAUUCUAGGACCUUAUAAUCACUUUUUUUGUUUUAUCCCUUGUCUUCUCCUCAUAAUUUUUAAAAGCGGAGAGUGUGCAAUAGCCACACAUGAAUUAAACUGAAAUUGUAUUGUGAAAAUUGCUCAAAUUUUAAUGAUUAAUACAGUAUUCCAAUAAAGUUCAAAUCCAACACUGGGCUUCAGCUAUUUUCCAGGAAGAAAGGAAGUUAGUCUCAGGUCUAGGUUUUCCUUUGUUUAACUUGAUCUCAGACCCAGGAUUGGAUUUAAAUGAAUUAGUAGAAUACAGACAUUGAAUUUUUGAGGGUUCUUUUGAUCUUGUCAUUCUAUUAAAAUGUGAUUUUGGAUUCUCUUAAAUCUAAUGUUUUUCAAAUAUGAAGAAAAUAGAGAAAAUAGUCAGCAUGAACUAGAAAUUCUAAAAGAAUGCAUGAUUGAUGUGUAUUCUUAUGAAGCAUCAAGUGCACUUCAGUUUAUUUUGUUUUUAAGUAAAUGCAUCAAGUAUUGGCCAUUUUGCCAUUUUAACGACUAGGAGAGGAAAAUUAAUUCACUGCUGGUGCAAUAAUGUUGUUUGUUUUACAAUAUGUCCACAUUUCUUUCCUUUUUUUUAAAUUGCCCAAACACAUUUGAAGGACACUAUGUUACAAGCCCCUAUGUAGCUAAGAAGUUGUGCUAAAAUUGAUUUGGAAUCUAUAAUAUAAUCUGUAAAGCCUAGUUCAGACAGGAUGCAAUAAGCCAGGACGGUUUUUAUAUGAUGUGAAGGUUAUACGGAGCUAAGUGAAUAUAAGAAGGAUCUGUUUUUGUAUGCGCAAUUGCCAUUCAUUUACAUGUACACUUUUAGAAAAUACCACUUCGGUUUGCUGCUUCCUAUCCAAACAAGACUUGAUUGUUCAGAGCAUGAAUUGUGGUCUAAUGGAAAUUUUAAUCUCUGUAAAACUGUUUUAACCUGUUCUGACAAGCUGAAAAGCAAUGCAACAAUCUGUGUAAAUAGUAUUUAAUUCUCAGUUUCUUUAAUUCCCAAUGAUGAAUACAGCAUUCCAUGUAGAUGUAGUAAUAAUAAUAUAAUUGAUGUGUUCAAAUGUGUGUACAUAAUUUGUGGUGAAUUAGAGGUUUUCUCCUUUUUUUGCACUUGUUUUGAGUGAUGUUUUGGAAUGAUUGCCUGAAUAUUUCUAAUUAGAUGGGAUAUUUUAAUAAAAAAUUGUACAUACUACUGCCUUUUACCAUGAA